AUGGCCAAGGAGUGGCUGAUCUUCGCCUUGGGCACUAACAACUGGCAAGCCCCAGGACAGUUUGCCCCUGGGUCUGGUAUUCUCCACCAAGGCCAGCACAUUGCCAUGAACUCACUGGAAAACUGCCACUGCUACUCGAUUUGGCCCUCUGAUCUCCUAAAGACCCCAACGGAUCAUGACGACUACCGCGUGUACGAGAUUCCUCACCCGAUUCCGAUCUGUGAGAGUGUCGGACCACAGAGUAGCAAGCGAUGGCACUCUAUGGCGGACGAGGAAGUAACAAGCUACUGCGACAAUCUGCUGAAGGAGUGCACUGACUUCAUCGAGUACGUCGAGAAGAAGCACGGCAAGCGUAUCAACCUCUUUCUCGCUCAUCAUUGCUUCAUGAAUCCUGUGAUUUUGUCCGAGAUCAACGAGCGUCGUGUCGCACAGGGGAUUCCAAAGGUGCCACUUGUGGUCUUUGCGCAUGGCACAGCUCUCAAGAUGUACGAGAAUGAAAUCAACAAGUUACCAGAGUUUCCUAUGAAGUACUACGACUGGAUUCGCGGCACGAAGAAUAUCUUCGAGAGCGCUGCUCAUGUCUCCGGUGUUUUUGCCGUCUCGGGACCGCAGAAGAACAGCUUUGAAAAACUGUUCCCCCUUUUCCCCAAAGAGCGCGUCGCCAUCACACCCUGCGGUUACAAUCAGCUGGUAUUUCAUCCAAUACAAGGGAUGACACGCGAAAAGGCUUUCGGUCACAUGCCCCAGGUUCUCUACGACGGAUUUGAUGCCACCCAGCUCUCAUCUGUGCAGCGCCACGUGGGUUCUGAUCAAUGCAUCCCGGACGUGAACGCUUACGACAGAGUCGUUGUUUUUUGUGGGCGCUUUUCUUACUGGAAGCGGAUCGACUCCGUCCUAAAGGCUGCCAGUAGGUGGGAAAAAGAGGACAAGAAGAUCCUUACUCUGAUCUUUGGUGCCGGCUCUCAGGAAACUCGAAAGCUGUAUGUGGACAUGGCCUAUCAGAUGCUAGGGCUGAAAGAUACCUUCUUCCUAGGACCUCAGAGCCAGCCUGAUCUCGCCAACGUCUACACUGUCGCGGAUGUUUCUGUGUUCCCGAGCCAUGAUGAGCCCUUCGGACUUGUGUUCAUCGAGUGCAUGGGGUGCGGAACACCCGUGAUCGGCGCCAAAUCCGGUGGUCCGCUGGACUUUGUCAACGACCAGGUUGGUGCCUUGGUGGACGAAGGUACAAAUGACGAGGUUGGUGAGCGUGUCUAUGCUGCGGUGAAGCAGGCUCUCGCGGAAGACUGGAAGAAGACAAAAGGUCCCCAAUGCGAGCAGUAUGCGUUUAAGAAGUUCAGCCUCACCUCACAGGGGAAGUUGAUGCUUCAAUUCGUGGAGAGCCAGUUUACCAAGUGA